AUGUUUUGGAGACUCGGCUUAAACCAUUCUGCAAUUGACGGACUUCUUGAUAAGGAAGAUCUAACCUUGGAGGAAUUAUUAGACGAAGAUGAUUUAAUUCAAGAAUGCAAAGCGCAUAAUAAUAAACUGAUUGAAUACCUUCGUGAUCCCGUAAUUUUGUCACAAUUGCUUAAUUAUAUAGUUCGUGAUGAUUUGGACGAGAGACAAAAAUUCAAAUAUCCAUAUGUUGCAUGCGAGGUCCUUUCCUGUGAAAUUUGGGCUAUUUGUGAGGCCGUCAUCGAUAAUGCAGAUUUGCUUAAUUCGUUUUGGCAAUUAUUAGACCGUCCUCCACCAUUAGAUCCUUCACAAGCAAGCCAUUUUACAAAAGUUAAUGUAGUAUUCAUGCAGAAAAAGAUGAACGAGAUGGUUAAAUUCAUUCAAUCAAUUCCUAAUGUCGUCAAAAAAAUGUUGAAUCAUUUGGAAAAUUCAGCUAUUGUGGAAUUAUUACUUAAAUUAAUUAGUGUCGAGGAGUACCCGGAAGGUGCUGGGGUUAUUGAUUGGUUGAAUUCUGAAGGACUUCUUGAUGCAUUAAUUUCUCAGCUGGACCCGAAUGUUGACCCUGAAGUGCAUUCAACAGUUACUCAAGUUCUGAUUGAUAUUGUUGCCAUUUCUCAAUCGAGUAAUCCUGAUCAAGGUGGUGUCGGUCCAAAUGCUCUGAGUAGAGAUCUUAUCAGUGAAAAAACUGUAACACGGCUUGUCGAUUAUAUGCUUGAUCCAGUAGCUCCAAAUUCCACUUCUACAUUAAUAAAUGGUAUAAGUAUAUUUAUUCAAAUAAUUCAAAAGAAUAAUAGCGACUAUCAUGAAGAUGCAAUGUCUCAACUUCAACAGCAUCCAGUGGUUGAUUUAAGCGAUAUGUUAAGAGUAUUGGCUAAUCGAGUUGGGGAGUUUAAGGCUUUAUUGGACAGUCCUAAAUCAGUGUCGGGUCAAAUUGAAACAACGAUAGGUAAAAUAGUUCCACUUGGAUUUGAGAGGUUCAGAACUUGCGAACUUCUUGCAGAAUUAUUACAUUGUUCAAAUAUGAGCUUGCUUAAUUCUGUUCGGCAUGAUACACCUACCAACGGGUUUUUCGAGUUAAAACGUGUAGAAGAUUACAAUGACUACGGACAAGUACUAGGUUCAAAUAUUUCUAAUUCAAAUUACCAAACUCAAAAAAUUGACGAAUUUCAAACAGCCAUGGAUAUUCAAGGAAAUGAAGAUACAAAGCAAAAGGACUCACAACAAGAAGAAAUCGCCGUGGAACAAUCCACAAAUCCUGUUUCUUCACCGAUACUAAUGGACAUUUUUGAAGAAACACAGGAAUCAUCGGGCUCAGAAUAUGUCACACCAACUGAUAAUUCUAACGGGCCGGUAUCUUCAGAGUUGCCGGUCUUUACCGAUGGACAUCUUACUAAACGUAUUACGAUGGCACAAAGACUAAACGAUAGUGAAGUUGAAAAACCAAAGGGCGUUAGAUUAGGCUAUAUGGGACAUUUAACUUUUAUCGCAGAAGAAGUAGUUAAAUUGUUGGAUAAUUAUGCAGUAGAGAUCGGAGAGAAAGUGAUAGAUUUUAUUGCGGCUGAAGAUUGGCAGGAAUAUGUAUCUAAAACAUUAUUUGAGACAAGAAAACGUGAUCGUGAGCCAUUAGGUGGGCAUCGUCCAAAUACUCAUGAUACCAUGCCUCCUAGGUGGAUUGGUGAUGAUUUUGACAGAGAUGACCUUGAUAUGAGAGGAACUUUCGCGACUCCUAACAUGCUUGAGGGUGAUCCUUUCGAAAAUCGCCGAUCAUCUUUAGAUGAAGAAUUUAGAGGUGAUAGUGAUGAUGAGGAUAAUUCUAGCCAAUGGCAUUCUAGUUUACAGGAAAGUAAGCAACUUCUUACCGUUGCAGAUUGGACAGCGGAUUUUCAAUCAGCCUUUAAAUCCUCCGAUACAAUACAAACUUCAGAUUCGACAUCAUUAGCAACUGUCACUACUAUUAUAACCCCGAAUACUAGUGAUACAUCCAUAGAAAUUUCAUCAUCAAAUUCGAAAUCCCCAAUCAUAAAGAUUCAAGAAUCCAGUGAUGCGAAUAACAAUAUCAAAGAAGAUCACGAAAACAAUUCGAAAUUAGAGGGGUUAAUAACUGUGCGAUCAAAUGUUGUUUCGGUUAUCGAUAAUCCGCAUAAGCAAGAGUCAACUGAUACGUUAUGUGAGGAAGGAGGAAAACCUACGGACUUUGAUAAAAUGGGUGUUAGUGUAGAGGAGACUGGUGACAAUAAACAUAAAGAUGUACAGAAACCAAACGAGAAAAUCCAAGAUGACACGAAAACACUUAGUUAA